AUUUCACGGCUAGAUGAUCGCCGGCGCCGUUGAUACUUCCGAGCUAAAUCGCCGCCAACUUUUAGAGCGUCUCGAUCAACCCUCCGCCCCCAUUGUUACCCACUGACCCAACCCCAACGCGACCGUCGCCCAAAAGACAAAGAAGCAAAUCUACCUGCUCGAGUUCUCUCCUCCUGCCGGCGGGACAAUUUGAAAAGCAAAAGGAAACAUGCCGAGUGGAGCGUGCAAAAUUUCUAGCCUCGAUUCCUCUCGUAUCUCGUCGAUUUCUCCCAAACUGCCACCGCCCCGGCGGAAAACCCCCAAAAAAUCAUCUGUCGAUACGUGUCAGCCAGUAGAUGUUCACCACGGCGUCGCCGAGGCAGGUCCUUCGAAUUCGCCUAGUUCAGGUGAAUCCCCAGCUGAGAAGGAGAAAUUGUUGGAGACAGAUAACAGGGUUAGUGAGAGUAAGUACGAAAUUUGUGAUGGUUCCGGCGGUGGCGGCGCGGUUGAUGUUAUGAGUGUAUUGGAAGAGUUAGCGUUAGCGGCGGCGGAGGAGGAGCUGGAGUUGUCUGCUGAUCAAAUUAGAGUCAACGAUCAGUUGCAGGAGAAUGAGCUGCUAGCAAUGGAGUCCAUCUAUGGAGAAAAUGUCAUCAUUCGGGACAGGCAGAGAGGCUUGAGAACUUUCCAGAUUCACAUUGAACCUAAAAUUCAUGAUGAACUUACCAUAGCCACGAAACUUUGUACGACGAGUAAUAAGAUGGAGAUGGCAAGCACGAGUUCUUUAGACGAAUUCUCAUAUUCGUUCGGGGUCCAGUUUCUUCCGCCAAUCGUGUUGACCUGCUCAUUCCCUGCAUCAUACCCAAGCCACAAACCUCCACGUUUCACCAUUUCUGUUCAGUGGUUGGACUCACUUAAAAUUUCCAGUCUGUGUUCUGUGUUGGAUUCAAUAUGGAUGGAACUACAAGGGCAAGAAGUUAUGUACCAAUGGAUCGACUGGCUUCAAAGCUCUUCACUUUCUUACCUUGGCAUCCAUCAACAGAUCAUACUCGGUCCUUAUGGAAUAAAGGCUAUUGGCGACAGGCGUGCAGUUUCAGAAAGCAUCUCCCCCGAUUCCGACAUUCCUUUGUUGAUGAGGUAUAAUGACGAGCAGGUCCGGGAGAGUUUCCUCAACAACUUGCAUGAGUGCUGCAUCUGUUUCUCUGAGCACCCAGGCAUUGACUUUGUCAGGCUACCAUGUCAGCAUUUCUUCUGUCGGAGCUGCAUCGGGACUUACUCCGAUUUGCACGUUUCAGAAGGCACCGUGAAUAAACUCCUCUGUCCUGAGUCAAAAUGUGGGGGGAUGAUACCACCUAGUACAAUGAAACAUUUUCUCGGCGAUGAUAAAUAUGUUCGCUACGAGUCUCUGAUGCUGCAGAAGACGCUGGAUUGUAUGUCAGAUGCUGUGUAUUGCCCGAGAUGUGAAUUCGUCUGCAUUGAAGAUGAGGACCACUUUGCUCAGUGUUCCAAGUGUUUCUUUAGCUUUUGCUCUCUCUGCAAGAGUGCACGCCAUGUGGGCGAACCUUGCAUAUCCCCAGAGUCGAAGCUUCAACUAUUGGAGGCGAGCCUCGUGUCUGCUUCUCGAAUCACGGGGGCUCAGAGGCGGCUGGAGCUGGAAAAUAAGAUCAACGAUAUCAUAAGGGAGCUGGAAAAUAGGAUCAACGAAAUCAUGAGCGAGAUGGAGGUGGCUCGUGUUUGCAAGAUUUGCCCACAUUGCAAAAUGGCGAUCUCGAAAAUCGAUGGCUGCAACAAGAUGGUCUGCGGGAGCUGUGGGAAGUACUUCUGUUACCUAUGUAACAAACCCAUUAACGGAUAUGAACACUUCAGGGGUGGAGCCUGUAAAUUAUUCCAAACAGUAUCACCGGACCAGUGGCAGGAGCGGACCAAUGGCCGUCGGGCUGUGAGUCGACUCCGAUCUGAACUCAACCAGGAGCGGACGAAUGGCCGUCAGGCUUUGCGUCGACUCCGAUCUGAACUCAACCUCGGCCGAGGGCACAAAUGCCCUUUGUGUAGUCAAGAGAAUGUGAAGACAGACAAUAACAAUCACGUAUUCUGCUGGGCGUGCCAGACGCACUACUGUUACUUGUGUCGCAAGGUUGUGAAGCGCAGCAGCGAGCAUUUCGGGCCGAAGAAAUGCAAGCAGCAUACAGCGGGAUAGAGGGUUGAGCGGAUACUACUCUGGUUUUGCUAUUAUUGCCUAAUUGUAAUUGAUGUCAUCUAUUACCUCAUUUACAAAUGCAUUUUUCUGGGAAGUAUUGGACAGAGAACACAUGCUUUGGCAAAAGACAUUGCAGGUUGUCUUCAGCACCAAGCAAACCAGCCAAGAAGGUGAGACGGAGCCUGUUUCUUGAUGGCCCUGUUUUCCCCUUUUCGUCGGGUUCGGUAAAACGGAUUGGGCUUGACCCGCUGAAUAUCCAUGGGCCUGCCGCUAAAAAUUCAAUGGCUCGCGCAGUCGCGCUUAUAAAAUGACCGACUAACC